UUUGUUUCUUUUUUUCACUAAAUUUUUUUUAUUUUUUAAUUAUAAAUAUGGGUGUGCGCAAUGAUUAUAGGGUGUCGACUAUUAUUGUGCUAUGUAAGGACUGCAACCAAGAUGUAGGAUUAUAUCCAGCACGACAUCAAUGCAACGUCAAACGACCCUAUUUACCCACCUUGUGUUCAAGAACCGAUGAUGUGCCUGAGCUCAUUCCAUCGUCCACCGUAACCAGGCAGGCCUCCGAUAGCUCAUUGGAGAGCGGCAAAUGGAGCUUUUUUCGGUCUUCUCCUGCAGCAGCAACAGAAAAUGUCAAAAAUGAAGGUUAUUUCGACACUUCUGCUUGUGACAUCGGAGUCUCAUCAGGCAAAAAGAUGUGGUCUAAAGUGAAGGAAAAUGAAAAGUGGAAGGAGCUUGUUGACAAGAAAGAAGAAACAAACAGACCCAGCAAACUGUGGUCAAGAAUUAUACAGGCAACAAUGUCAACAGAAGACGAAUGUGGACCAGAGUCAGAUGAGGAUGAUUGGGAGGGAGAAACGCACGUUUCAAGGAUUUUGCGGGACUAUUACGAAUCCAAAAACAAGCCCCUUCCUCAUUGGCUUUUUGACGAGUCAAUAAAAGAAACAAAUCGAGGCAGACUAUGGCAACCAGACGUCAGAUUAUCCGCUAGAGAAAAGGAGUUACAAGAAUUAAAAAGUACUACAAUAUCUCGUACUCAAAGUGAGCGUACAAGGCCAUUUGAUGAUGUCGUUUACGGUUCAAUAGCACCGAGAAGAACAAACACCACAAGAGCACCGGCUAAAAGUUACCGCCAAAAUAUACCUUACAUUUAAAUUAAAUUACUGCCUUUAUCAUUUUUACACAGAUAACGAAAAAAGAAAAAAAAAUGCGUCUGAUUGGUCGAAUCCGAUAACAGAUAUAUACGCUAUAUUUCAUACAUUUUUUGUCACGCUUAUCUCCAAUGACACUGUUCUACGGGUCACAUGUACCCGAUAUGAUUUAUUGAUGUCAAUAAAAGCUAUUUUUCCCACACGAC